AUUAGCUGUCAAAAUAAUUCUUCUUUCAUAAUAUUUUUAUUAGCAACUAAAAUAUAAAUAGGUAAUACUUAUGUUCGUUGUUUUCUUUACAGGUGAAAAAAUAUAGAUAAAACACAUAUUUACAGAUGAGUUUCUUUAGAAUAAUAGCAUACACAUUAUUGAGUAUUGAUUUAAUACACUGCCCUUUUUCAUUUGUCGGCUACCUAAGUGAAAUCUACAACUAAGACAUAUGUGAAUAACACCUAACUUCAGUUUAUUUUUAAUUAACGAAACCAGCAAUGGAUAUAGAUUCUGAAAGUACUGUAACAUCUUUGGAAGAUAAUACGGAAAAUUUUUGUGAUAAUCCUACACGAGAUACCCUCGCUGAGGGUUUAAUGGGACUCAUAAAACCUACAGUAGAUCAAUUAGAUGAAAGAGUUCGUGCAACAAGGAUCUCUCAAUUGGAACUCAAACAAUGCAUUGAAAGUCUCAGUGAAGAAUUGAAGUCAAUUUCAGAAACUCAACAAAAUACUGUGGACUUGGAUAUUUACGUUAAAAAACUUGUUAAUGCGAAACAAAGAGUGAUAGUACUGACGAACAUUCUGCAAAGUACACAGGAAAGAUUAACUAAAGUGCAUAAUAACUUGGAUAAAGAGAUUUUGAAGAGAAAGGCGGCUGUAGAAAAUAUCGAAGAACCACAAAAUAGUGUAUCAAGUUAAUAUGAGCCUUCAUACACCAAUUUAUAAUUUAGAUCAAUUUCCUGAUGUGUACAUUCCAAGUGAGGACACAUUUUUGUUUUUAGAUGCAAUUGAAUCUGACUAUUUAUAUCUAAAAAAUUUGCAACCUAGCAUUGCAAUUGAGAUAGGCUCAGGUAGUGGAGUCAUUAUCAGUGCAUUACACCAACUAUUUCAAAAAUCUUGCUCAUAUUUUGCAACUGAUAUAAAUCAACAAUGUUGUUUAGCUUCUAAAUUAACAAGUACAUUAAAUAAUACACAUGUGGAAUGUAUCACAAUGAACCUUUUACAUAAUUUUCGGAAAAAUAUGUUUGAUGUGAUAUUAUUCAAUCCUCCCUAUGUAGUUACAGAACCAUGUGAAUUAUCUGGGGAAGGUCUGAACCGUUCCUGGGCAGGAGGGUGUAAUGGUACAGAAAUUACAAAUGAAUUACUACAAGCUUUACCUGACCUACUGUCUGAAAAAGGUGCUUGCUACAUUGUUUUGUUAAAGGAGAAUAAACCAUUAGAAAUAGUGAAAUAUAUGGAUGCUUUGGGCUUUAAAAGCCAAAUGAUUAUGCAGAGAAAAAUACCAGGAGAACAUUUAUUUGUUUAUAAAUUCUGUAGAUUAGAUUUUUAAAUUAACCUUUCAGAUGGAACAUUUUUUUCACAGAUAUGGGAAUUUAUCUCCUUUUUGGUGCAUUUAUUUACCCCAUCUUAUUUUUUUUGUUAAUUAGCACCUAAGGCAGUUCAUAGAUAAUUAAUAAAACAAUAAGAGAAUCUUUUAAUCAUAAAAUUAUUUAUUCUUUAAAUAGAAUGUGGAACAUAAUUGCUGACUAUCAAUUAAAUACAAGAGUUAUAAUAUAAUACAAUAAAAAAAUGAUUUUUUAAAAUUUUCAGUAAUGAAAUAGUUCAGAAAUAUAUAAUUUUGAAUAGUUAUUACAUACAAUCAAAGUUACGUAUGAAAAAUCAUAUGUUGGUAAAUGAUGUCCAUGAUACCUGAGAAAAAUCUAUUUCAGUUAAUGUGCCAAGGGUCAGUUAGCUGAUUGGGGUUAAACCAUGAGAACUGAUAAGGAAUUUUGGCUAUUUUUUAUGGGGUCACAACCAUUGGUGUUACAAUAAUAUUGUGGAAUGUAAACUGAUGCAUCUGAAAUAUAUUGCUAACUUAUUAACAGAGUGAAUCAAACAUACAACCUAGUUUUUAAUACUGCCGUUUGGUAUUCAAAUGUUGAGAACUAUAAUAGUUCCUAAUAUAGAUACAUAAUGCAAUUGUACUUUUAAAUACACUCCACUCAAGACUUUGACCCUACGUGAAAAAAGCGAUGUUAUCAAUGCAGUAAAAAGAGGCAUGAUUUAGAGGAAUGCUUACUCAGUUAGUUCAAACAGUGUUGGGACAAAAACAUAAGUGUAUCUGGGACUAUCUUACGCGAAAAGGCAGAAGAAUUUUCAAAAUCACUGGGAUAUAGUUCUUUUCGUGCCAGUAACGAUUGAUUGAUGAAUUUUAAAAAGCGUCAAGAAAUUGUGUUUAGGAAAGUUAGAGGCUAAAGUGCAAGUGUCAAUAACGAGAUAUGUGAUGAAUGGAUAAUUGAGUUGCAAAGUUUAUUGAAGGAUUUUUUCACCCAAUACAACAUCUAAGCUACAUCCCUUAGAUCAAGCAAUAAUAAAAAACUUCAAAUCCGCUUACAGAAAGGAAGUUGUUAGGAAACUGGUAACAAAUAUGGAACAACAGUCAGCUUUAUCUGUGAAUGUAUUACAUGCAAUUAGGAUGAGAGACAAGGCUUGGAGAAGUGUAUCUAAAAUUACAAUAUUAAAAUGUCUUAAAAGCUGUGGAUGUCACAAGAAAAAGCUUCUGAAGAACCUUUUGAACCGGAAUAAAAAAAGUUAUUACAAUUAUAAUUAACACUGGUCGGUUUUUUUUGUAGUAACACAAAAAUAAAUAGCAUAUUGUGAUAAAAUGGACCUAUACAAAUACGAAAAUAUGAAAAAAAUAAUUGUAACACGUAAGGUUUUUUUGUUACAUUUUUAGAACCAUAUUGAUUGUUGAUCUACUGCCCGACUGUCCCUUAGACAAAGAAGACAGCAAUGUUUCGUAAACCAUCCCUAAAGUCCUAUUAAAAUUCCAAUCACCUUCAGGUCCCCACAUAUCUGCCACUUAUACUUGUAGGUAAUCUUGUCUAAAAGCAAAGGAAUAUUUACAUGUUUCUUUCAUCUUUACAGAAUGAGCAAUUGGUAUAGACGGUUUUUAAUUUCCUUUUUGUAAUAACACUGCUUUUGGACGAGUCAAUAAAUAGGCGUCACUCAUUGGGAUUAUGUUCAAUAUCAAGUUCCUUCAUUAGACCAUCAAUAUCCGUACACAUACACAACAGAGUUUCUAUGUAGAAUGCAGAAAAUGUUGCAUUUCUUUAUCUAAAGGUCGUAAUUUUUGUCUCUUUGGCUAACAAGUUCCAUUCCUUAAGACGGGAAGCAAGAAGUCACUUUGAAUGAUCAAAUGUGGUACUUGGAGUAAAAAUAGGGUCGGUACGUUGUUCUUCGAAGCUUCCUGAUGAUACGUUGUCUCCAGUAUCUUCUAAAACAAUAUUUUGCGGAUCUAAAGGCUCAAUCGGCACCGGUAAAUCUUCGUUAUGGGGCAAAUUUGGAUACUCGAUCUUGUACUUUUCUUUCUUAGAAUGACCUUCAGUCUUUGUUAGACAAAAAUAGCAGUCGUCAAAAUGGUUAGUAGUUUCCCGCCAUACCAUUAAAAUGCAUUCAUUCACUGCACCAAUGACACGCUACAACUAACCCAGCACACGUGGAGGGGCCUACUGCUUGUCUUGGUCUCCAACUAAAGUAUCAAAAUAUUUGAAAUAGGCAUUUUUCGCAUUUUCGGAAAAUGGCCUGGCUAGGAAAAUUUGUCGGGAGACGUUUUGCAACUGCGGUGCGUUUGAAUCGACAUUUUUGUCUUUAUAACCACUUUUUGCACUAUGAACAGAGAACUACUUACUAUGAAACUCAACAGAAUACUAAUUUUUAAUGUUAUUUUUAUGUUUAUUAUUCUCAAUAAUACAGUUCAGGUAUUUUUACGGUCAUAAAAUUUACCGUUAUUAACCGCCCCUUUAUAAAAUUACGUACCUGCUAAUGUAAACAGGGAUAAUUAAGCUAUUGAAAAGUGGUACGUGUUAGGGCUUAAUAAUAAUUUUUUUUAUUAUUGGACGGGUAUUUCCAUUUGAAAAAUAAAGGUCUAGCUUGUGUUACGAAAACCUUGUCGGCUAGUGUAAUUGUGCAUCAAACAUGUGAAACAUACAAUACUUACGAUUAAAAAUAAAAAAAACACAACACGUCACCAAAGAUCGAUCCAAAAUAAAUGUCAGGCCCUUCUCUCACGAAGCUAUUCAAAUACAACACAGACAACGUUAUUCUGUAUUUAUAUUAGAAGAAAACGAAGAUAUGAAGGAAGAUUCUGGGUGCAUCCGUACUUCGAAAAAAAUAUCAAUUGUAGAGCAUUUGUCCCUGAUAGAGAACUGCAUGAGAAUGACGACGAGAGGUUUAUAUCAUUCAUAUCAUUAUUUGAUGCACUUGUUAAUUCCGAAUAUUCACAAGAAAAGUACAGUAAUGAGAGAAUGCGUGACAGCUGAGGAAAAAAAUUUAAUAACACUCAAAAUAUUUAUUGAAACAUUAAGUUAUUUGCGAAUUUUCUAUUGACGAUGAUGUAGUAGGCGUAUCUUCCAAAAUAUCAUCUAUUAAUUGCAUUACAGCUCGUUUAAAUUUCCUCAUUUAUCUGUCAUACAUAGGUUCUGGAUCGGGCAAUAAGCUCAGCAAAAAUAUUCUUUUUGGAUUUAAUGCGUGAUGUUCAAUUGUUUCUGCCCUAGCUUCUUCAGCCUUAAAAUAAUCAAGAAUGCUUUUAUCCAUGGAGUUUUUUACCGCCUGACUUGCCGACCGUCUUUUAAUUUAAUUAAAGAAGCCUUUACUUAAGAGACCGUUACAAAUCGGUUAUGGGAUCACUUUACUUCAAAAACUAGGUCGAAGGAAAGGAAAGGAAUUUUUUCUUUGCAUUUUUUUACAAGGUUACGUAAUAGCACUACUUCAUUGUGAGAAUAAUUGCAUGAUCUUUUUUGUUCUUUGUUCAUUUUUGUAUAGUAUACAACUCUUUUAAACAAAUAUCGGAAAAUUUUCGCGCGAGUGACAACUGACAUAACAAUAUCUGGUUAUUCUUGGUUUAAACCACAGUUUAAGCCUUAGUUUGAUCUCCAGCUUUACCCUAGGUUGUAAAAUUGGCCCUUAAUCUAAAGGAACCUUUAGUUAAAGUGAAACCGGCCGUAACUAUGAUAUGCUGGUUGCUGUUUUAUUUAUAAUUAUUGUACAUUAUGAAAUCUGAAGAAAAAGUAAUAAAUAUUGUGUUCUAAAA